AGACAUUGGACAUGUUAUUUUACUGUCAUGCAGUGUGAAACAUAAAUAAAGCAUAUUCGUUUUUCCAAAAAUCAUGACUUAAUAUCGAGGCCUAAUCUAAUAAUAUGAUAUAUUACAAUUAAUAAAUAACUAUUAAUUACAUACUAGUUUUAAUUAAUGACAUUAUGGAUGGUUUAAUUCACGCGGCACUGGAGGCUGAGUCAAUUCUUAAUCGAGCAAAACAUGUGAAUUCCAACUCGUCUCAAUUUGACAGUGGUGCCCCAGACCAUAAAAUGACUUGGACCCAUGAUAAGAUGCAUUUGGCAGAGUCUGUUGAUGAAUCCAGAAUGAAAUUUCAGAGAAAUUCUGUUGGUUCGGGAGCAUCAAAAGUAGAAAAGUUUGAUUUAUUCAAAAAGCUUCAUGAACUUUAUAAUGAAUUGAGUAGGGAUGAGUCUUCUCAGUCUAAUUAUCAAGGAUUAAAGGCAACAUCAUACUUAUUAGAAAAGCUCUUGGCAACAUAUAAUCUCAAUACUUUGAUAAUUAAUUUAUAUCCUGGUAAUAAAGGUUAUUCUUUGUCACUUAAAAUUCAUGGUAACACACAAUAUCUUCAUCCACCUGAUGCAAAUACUUCAGCAAAUCAAGAUGAGACAUUAAUUGAAACUCCGAGAUGGCCAUAUGAAGAAGAAGAACUCCUGAGUUACAUUGACAAUGAAGAAUUGCCUGUUGUUCUGCUUGAUUUAUUGGAAUCUGAGCAUUCAAAUCUCUUUUAUUCAGGCUGCAUAAUAGCACAAAUAAGAGACUACCGCCAGGCUUAUCCUAGUUUCUUAUGUGAUACUCAUCAUGUCCUGCUUAAGCCUACUAAUCAGAGCAUAAUAACUGACGCUAUGUGUAUCGGCGGUCGUUGUGGUUGGGCGGGUGAAGAACGUGGCGCAUUAGAAGCAGUGGAGGCAGCUUUAGUUCACGCUGCGGCUCCUCCGCUAUGCCUCGACCCGCGUCCUGCUGUAGGCUUACUGGCAGCUAGAUUGCAUGCCACACCAAGACUAUUCAAUACACCCCGCAUCAGGCGGCAAGCCAAGAAAUUUUCACAGGUUGCUGUAAAUAGGAAAAGAAAACUGGAUCAAUUUACUCAUUAUCACGGUUUAGAAUUACUGGAGCUGAUACACAGGCAAAGAGCGAAAAACAGCCGGCAGUCAGUUCCACAUACUCGACUCACAUCAAAGUAUCCUAAGAAACCUCCAGAAGUGUUCAAACCGAUAGAGCCUCCAAAAAUGGAGCCACUCUCACUAGCGUUGCCAUCAGAGCUAACGGGACCAAUACGGUUGGCUCGAGCGUACGAACGGCCUCGACCAACUCCAGACUGUCAACCACAGUUAGUCGAGGAAUACAUUCUGGAAACUGAGAAGACUUCGCCACACGCUGGAGCUGGUUUUUUCCACAUAAAGCUCUCGAUAUUGCAAAGACCGUCAGACCAAGAGUUCCUAGGAGAGUUAUAUGUAGAUAGAGAUCAUGUAGAAGGUGAAAGGAAUGGUGCUGCAUGUAGAUUUACACUAGGAUCGAGAGUGCAGGCUAACAAGUACAUACAGCAAUUCACGGAGAUAUUCACAGAAGAAGGACGGAAGUCUGUUAGGAUAAAGCACAUUGUACCAGGCCAAUUACCAAGAGUGUCGUUUACAGGCGGUAUGCGUGAAUUGGGACAACAGCUUUUGUUGCAACAGCGUUCAGCAUCCGCAAGUAGUUCAACUGUGCAAACGCACGCUACCACAGUACCUAUUGUGACGUCUGCCGUAGCAGCGACUCCAAAUACUCAUACCAAUGCGCGACAGUUACCUAUACUGCAGGCUCAACUGCAGCAAGUUGGUAGCAUAAGCGGCGUCACAGCCGUGGGCAGUGUUGUGGGUAGCGUGGGCGGGGUCGCUAGCGUGGGAAGCGUGGGCAGUGUGGGUAGCGUGGGCAGCGUGGGAAGUGUGGGCAGCGUGGGCAGUGUCGCUGCAGAGACUGCGAUGAAGCAGCAGCCGUCGCCAAGCACGCCGCGUUUAUCACCGCAGGUUCACGACAUCCAUUCGACGCAAGCGUCGACCAAUCAGUUGCUCGCUCAACAGCUGACAAACCCACCGCAACCUUUAAACCCUCAAAAGAUGCAGUCUGCCAUCAUACAUAUACAACAUCCACUUAUAUCCACCGCUGGCACCUCACAGGUACAAAAUAUCCAAUACACUACAACGACGACAACUCAACAAAAGGCGACCAUCACCAAACCGAGGACAACAAACCCAGCCAUAAGCGCACUCGUCACUAGUCUAAUGAACUCUGCACAACAGUUCCAACAAGCAAAUCAAAAUGCUGCGAAAACGGUAGUAACUACAGCGGGUAACAACGCCACCAUACUGAACUUAUUAAACAGUGCGCCCGCUGCCAUGACGCAUGUGACGUCGACAGCGGAUACGAGUAUCGACGCGCACAAGCUACUAGGCCGCGUGUCUAUAGCCGGGGCUCGCCUGAUAGCCGCUACUACCGCCCCGCACACCCUGCCUACGUAUACGCAGCAGGGCGUAGGUGUCCAAGUGAUGAGCGGAUACACUCGGGACAAUGAGCCCACGAACGUUUCCAGCAGUGAAAGCGCAUUGCUGGAAAGGUUGAUCGGCCAAUCGGCCGCGGAACCGGUAGCGGCGCCCGCUUCGCAACCACAGCCCGUUUGUCAUUUGCAGGGUCUAAGCUUAGCAUCCCUCCAAGGCCUUCAAGGUAUCCAGGGUCUCCAGAACGUUCAAGUCCAGAUACCUGGGUUCUCCGCUCCGAUAUCGCUUUCACUAAACGUCUCGGGAGCGCCUAGCGGGUUGCUAGUGUCAGUGCCGCCAACCACGUCUGUUGUCCUCACGAAUCAACCUUCAGUGUUGUCGUUACCCAUAGCCCAGCUGAUGUCUGGCGGAGUGAAGGGCGCCGUGCGAGGAGGCUCGGUGCAAGUAGUGAGGGGGGCCCGCCCUCGACCGCCGCGCCCGCCCUCCGCCCCGCGCGCGCCCCACGCGCUCGCCACGCUGCAGCCCGCCGCGCCGGGACACGCGCAAGCAACAGCACAGUUCAUCACACAAGCGCAGGCGCAAGCGUUGAAUGCACAGCAGGUGAGACGGAAAUCUAAUACGGACAGUUCAUAGUGAAUACAGAAGCCGUAGUUCACUGACCUCUAGUGAAGUAAAAUUGUAAAUACCCAGUAGUUAAAUUAUUCUAGACUUAAUUGAAUAACAGUGAGCGUAUGAAGAUGGAAACAACGAUAUGAUCACACCAGAUUUUGUUUAUCUACACAAUAUGGAUGUUGCUGCUUGCUUGCAGCAAUGUCUCAUAAGUGAUAUUAUAUUUAUAAAUAGACGAAUGUUGAGAGCGAUAUAAUUUUAAUGCAAACCGUUUCUAAAACGGGUCAUUGAUCGAUAAGUACUUGAAAUGUGUUUUCCUGCAAUGAAUUCGUGUUUUGAAUCAUGGUGUAACAGUUUUUUUUGUUGAUGUACCAUAUAUAUUUCUCAAUCAUGUAAAUUAUUUUUUUAAUCUAAUUCGAAAGUCACAAAUUAUAAAUAUCAACAAUUUUACUAAAACUGACAUUAGCGUUAUUAGCCGUCAUGACAUGAAUUUGUGAGUAAAUUUAAAGUGUUAUACGUAUUUAGUGAAGUAAAUAUGUUGAAUACCAAUAUUAUUAUGACUAGUGAAGAUUUUAUUUGUUGUUGGAAUUGUUGGUAACGCAUGUAAAUAACGUUGUUGGUGGGAUAUGGAAAAUUUUAAUUUUGAUUUGUGCUUGUAACAGUAGUGUAAGCACGCACCACUAUUUAAGAAUGUAAAUAUAUUGAGUUAGGUUCGGAAACGUGGUAAAAAAUCUUUUUCGUAAGACAUCUAUCAUAUAAUUUAUAUGUUUAUUCUAUUUGGGUUCAGUUAAAUCAGCUUCACGUCAGCCACAUCCACAUAUUAUAAUAUGUCUGAUAUUAUAACACAACAUAUAAACAGCUUUGUUAAAAAUUACAAAUCAUAUAUGGAUAUAUAAGUACUUUAAUGUAAUAAAAUAUUUGUUAUGGGAUUCAUCUUUCGUAUACGACAAUGUUUGUUUCAAAAACAAUCAAAGAUUACUUAAAAUUAGUUAAGGAGUUAGUCAUUUUCUAAACUUUCUGUUAAAGAAUAUAAUUACUAGUUUGAACAAACGUUAGCAAGGACACGCCGCACAUACUCACAAACUUUUACCAUCAGCCUUUUACUUGUUGACUGCGAUAAAGUCUAUUUCUGAGAGAAAAUCUUAUAAACUAUGAACUCUUAAAUGCCCAUUUAUUGCCAGUGCAUAUAGGCGAGAGACAUGGCAGAAUAUUUUUAAUUUACCAACUUUGUGCGUAUGUAGUCGUGACGAGAUGUAGAUUCUAAAGCUUCACUACUGAAGAAAUAAAUAAACCACCGUUAAUGCUUUUAUAACCGACUUCCAAAAGGGAAGGUAAACUACUGCAUAGGGUCUUUACCAGUGCAAGUGAAAUUACAAAUAUUCUAUAAUAUUGAGAAUGGACUUUCGGAUUACAUUAUUAUAACAGUAGGCUAUUUGACAGUAUAAAAUUAAGUACUAAUUAUUGGUAUCAAAUUAUAUUGCUAGCGAUUUCACUAUUUUCACAAAAAAGUUAUUGAUAAUAUUACAAAAAAUCAUGAAAUGGAAAAGUAUUUUUUGAAUUAUUAUCACGUGCCCGAAAAUGCCUAGGAUUAGCGGAGCCUUAAGUGACGUCACCUGCUUGUAUACAUCAAGUCGAAGUGACAUUACUUUAUACUGUUUGAUGCUUCGAUCAACAAUUCUAUAGAUAACGGGUUGCAUACAAAAUCAAAGCUAAAAACUGUCUGCGUAUGUUUAAACUCAUGCAGCUACAUUCGAUUCCCAAUGAACAAAGAUAAUUGUUUUAAAACAGUUUAAGUUGAACCUAAUAACAACUAUCUCACAAAGGAAUAAAGGUACAAAUAACAAAACGUUAUUUCGCACAUACGACCUUUUAUCUUAUAAAACGAAAUCUUGUUCCUUUUAUAAAUUAUAUCUGAAACUUGGAAAAACAGGAUAAAGGUGAAAAAAGGAAAAUGUAAAAUCAACCUUAUGACCCACAAAAUAAAAUAUUUUUAACAGUCAUUCCCCAGCGAGUUACUUCGUUUUGUAUUAACCUAACUAAUUUAAAAUAAAAUCUCAUGCCUCAAGUGAGAGUAUAUUUACCGAGACUGAUUUUACGCUCUAACCCUUAAUCUAUAGAAUUGUUGAUCGAAGGUUUGAUGUUAUAAUGAGAACUGUGUGUCGUAGCCGUAAUCACCGCGCCUUGGAAAAGCUCGUAUCCCAAUUAAGUUUCGAUUCCGAUUAGUGUGCGUUUCGGUAGAGCGUUUCAUACACUUAACGGCUCGAGUUGAUACGAUGACAUCCCUUUCCGAGUUGACAUACCUGCUACGACCACAAGUUUGGUAUAUAAUUACUUUUUUGGAAAAUCCACUCCAAACCACCUAAAAAUUCGUGAAUAAUUUAUUUUUUCUCAUUAGUACUAAUAUUGCAACCGUGCGAAGCUAAGCCGGCCAAUAUAUGAACCCCUUUGCUUGAAUAUCACGGAAAAUAGUUUUGCCAAUGAAAUAGAUGUGCGCGCUUACACUGAAGACGUAGGUUGUAUAAACGAACUCAUAUAUAAGCGUACAUUCUACUGAUGUCAUUUAAAGUAAUCGACUCGCCGAUUGGUGAAUCUGUAACGUGGCUGAACGUGAACAGUAUUAUUUUAAAUCCACUUGAAUUUUAUUUUUCGAAGUUAUCAAAGUACAAUCCUUUGCCACGAAUCUAGAAUUUUCUAGGUAAGAUGUAAAUAUGUAUCAUAAUAAAUUAACUUAAAUGCAUCACAGAUCGUACUGGUGAUUUGUAUGGUUGUUUAUGUGUUUGGUCUCAUGACCUAUUUAGUUAGGACGUCCGGAAUUUUCAAAGAGUGAGCUAGUACGCGGUUCUACAGAUGUAUUAUUUUUCUUUUACUGUGAUGGUCAGUACUAAAUAUGAUAUAACGCAAAAUAUGAAAAAUGAAAAUAAUUUCUCAACUCGUGGCAGAAAUCAUCCACUUACACAGACGAGGGGUUAAUAUGGGGGGCGAACGUCUAGGCCAACAGAAAAAAAACAACACCCGGUCACGAGUUUUGGUCGCGUCCAAAUCGUUAAUCUUUUGAAUAGGAGCUACUGGACGGUUCACGUAACGUUCGCGAUGAUAGAAAAUAACAAUCUGCCGGUUUGCAUGGUGUGGGGGUGGCUAUACGAAGGGGUAUAAAAUAGGGGAAAACAUUCGAGCUCUUCAGACAUUGAGAAAGGAUGUUACGUGAACCCCUCCAGUAGCUCCCAUUCAAAAGACUGACGAUUUGAUUUCGACAAAAAGUCUUGGCCUAUUGUUGAAAUAAAAGGGGAGCGGUAACAUAAUGGUCAGGGCAUCCGCCCGGAUAGCGGAGGGUGCGGGUUCGAAUCCUGUCUGCUGCCUGGUCCGCGUGGAAUUUUUUCUAGUAAAAUUUUCUUUAGAUUUAAACAUCUGUUAAAUGCUUAAAUUUGUUUUUUAUAUUUUUUUUGCUUCCCUAGGCGUUCGACUCUAUAUAAAAGCCUUAGGGUUGGUGGGAGUAUUUCACAAGGUGCAAGGUUAAACCCCCUCCCUUGUGUAAUUCUGAUGCGCUCGAGUAAAUCCCAAAAUCUCCGCUUGGGCUCCCCUACUAUUAUUAUACUUCUGUAAAAAGAGCUGGUGUUGCAUGAAAUCUGUAGAACCAAUAAGACGAUGGGAACAAUGUUGAAUGGUAUACAAUUAAGUAACAAUGCAAUAUAGGAAAUAAGAUUAUUCAUGGUAGGUAUGGAAUGAGUUCACUGUUGUAUAUCAGGGAUCGUAUUAUGAACUAUCAAGAGCGAUUUUUAAAUGAAAUCUGUUCAUCAAUUCGAACAAACUCGAGCAUUUGAAUCGAUUGCAGAGUUCAUGUACAGAUAACAAUACAUCCAGUUAUGUAAAACUGGCAGUUCGAUAAACUCUUAUCACGAUAAUAUUGAUCAAUGUAACAUACCCCAUGUUACAUCAAUCAAUAUUAUCGUGAUCUUAGUAUCGCAAGUAUCACAAGUUGUUUUUUUUUUCGUAGUGCAGCGAUACUACGAUACUGUAUCAUGUCAUAUGCCCCAAUGAUUAUGAACUUUAAAGAGUUUGACGACAUAAAUUUCAAAUUUCAUUGACAUUAUUAGGACUUUGUAAUAAUCUGGUGUAUUUUGUCGUUUUCAAAGCACUAGUAAAUUUUAUAAUGCGGAUUGAUGACUACGAGAUGCACCGGUGCCGGUAAAACCACUUACUGAGUUCUUUACUUAAUCUAUUCGGAAAAAACAUAAAUGCAUAAUAAUAAGAAUUAGGAAGGCACUUCAAAAGUAGGUCUCAGAGUCCAGCCACUUUUUGUAGUUUAUUGGUGAAAAUGAGAAUUUGUAUAUAUAAAAAAGGAUGUUCCUUCGAAUCUUAAUAAAUUAAUUUGGUUUUACUACAUGUAUAAAUCACCCACCAAUCCGCACUGGGCCCGCGUGGUGGGUCAUGGCCCAAUCUCCCUAUUCCAUCCACAGGGAAGGCCAGUGCCCCGGUAGUGGGGACAUUAAUAGGCUGAUGAUGACAUGUAAAAAUACCUUUUCAAUGAGACAUAUAAAUAACUACAAUUUGGUAUUAUUUCACUUGAUGCAAUGUAACUACUAUUAAGGAAAACUGAAUGUAAUAUAAAAUUUUGAACGCUAAACAUAAACUACGCCUUUAAUUACAGAAAUAUAAUGUAGGUAGCAGUAAUUUGUAUAAGAAUAAAGACUGAGGUAUAAAUACUCAGAUAAUUUUGAAGAAUACUAGUAUAACUGUGUAUUAAAUAAUUACGAUGUGAAAUCAAUCAACCUUCCCAAAAUCCACACAAUAUUAAUAUUUGUGGUAAAUUUUACGUCGUUAUUUAUAAUUACUCAGAGAUUUAAAUCAUAGACUUGCCUCGCCUGUUAAGGCGCCGUGAGCAUAGAGGUAUAAGAAUAGAGUAGGGGAGAUAUAGACUACUACAAAUGGAAGUGUCCCUCUAAUAGAAAGAGAAAGAAUGACCGCUAGCUUUCUCUCUCUAAUCGCAUGCGCAUUGGCAUCCGUAAGCAUCUUACUAUUUCGAUGUGAUGCUAUGGGAUGCCAUGCUUCACAAGAGAAAGAGAUAGCUAGGUCUCUCAGCUUAUUUCUCUUUCUACUAGACGGACACUUUUAGAGCCGCCUUCGCCACUCUAUUCUUAUACUUCUACGGCCGUGAGUUCCUAACUCCAAUCCCAAUUCCAAUUAGCGUGCGAUGCAAAAGGGAGUUUCAUACAAAGAAUAUUUAACUGUUCCAGUUGAUAAGGUAACGAUCCCUUUUCUAGGAAAUAUGCCUGCUAUGAUCAUUAUAAGUUUACCACAAUGUCAAACGAAAUCAUUUUAGAAGUAUUAAACAUUUGAAAGAUUCUUAAAUUAUAAGUUUCAAGUAUGAGACAAGGACACAUCUAUGAUUUAAAUAUCUGGUAAUAAAUGAUGAAUAUAUGUCAAUUGGCAUAAUACCUCUUAAUUUCUAAUAGUUAACACUUGUGUAAUUAUUGCCUGGUAUAUUUUUUUAGUCUAACAAAGCAAUAUCAGAAGACUUGUAAAACUAUUCAAAUUAUUGUUUAAUUAAAAAUGUCUUAUAUUCUUAUUAGAGAUCAUUUAUUGUUCGGAUUACAUAGAUCCAUAGGUGUUAGUGUAAAAUUAUUUUUUUAUUAUACGAACCAUAUUUUUAUAAGAGUUCAUAUUCAGUUUCAACAGAUUGCAUGUAAAUUAACUUACAUCUUAUAAUGGAUUUUGAAAUGAGAUAGUCAUUGUAAAGCUCGGACUGUGCUACGUUAAGCCCACAUUUAUGAUAAUUAUAUUAUACUAUGAAUAUGUAAAGAUAAUAGUUACUUAAGUAAUUGGCAACGUAGCUUAACAUUUUGGAAUUUCAACUGUCUUCUAGUUUCUUAACUUUCUUCUUUCUAGUUGAUGUUGAACAAUUUAUGAAUAGUGUUGCUCAAAUGCAAGAACAAGACGAGACUUAGCCAGUCUUGGUCUUGCGCCAAUACACCUGGUCUUGGUCUUGGUCUUGCGCUCCCAGUCUUGGUCUUGGUCUUACAGCAAGAGUCUUGCAAGUCUUGCAAUUACCUAUUAGACUAUUGCUAUUUAUUAAAGUUUACUUUAGAUCUUAGAAAAACGUAUUACAAUUGGAACAUUGUGAUCUUGAAUUAACAUAGCCAUAGUAAAGACCAAUAAGAUUAAUAAAUGUCUAAGAAUUGAUAAGAAAUUCGAAAAAUCAACUGCCACAUGGUAUUCAAAUGAGCUAUAUGUCGUUUUCCAUGGGAGUAACUGUUUCUUAAUAAACAUUUACGCUUUAUAAGCUUACAUGUGCUAAAACAUGUAAAAAACAAAUUAAUUACAAUAACUUGACUGUAUUUUAAAGAACAAGAUCUGUCUAGAAAGAGAUUGAACCCUCAACUUAUAUGAAAUUUAAUAAAAGAGUUUUACGAUUUAUCAUUUAUUUGCUAUGUAUGUUUAUGGUAUUGCUGGUAAUGCGCAUAGGUCCAGUUUUUCAUAUUCUUUGAUACAGUUUUUUGCGUCUCAUAGAAUUCCUAAGCGUACCUAUACACCGAACUGUUAUACCUAACCACUCCGUGAAAUAGCGCUAAGUCCUAGCUGCAAGACGCAAGAGUCUUGCCGGAUUAGUCUUGUUCUUGCUCAAGUCUUGCACGGUCAGUCUUGGUCUUGGUUUUGCUAAAAAUAUGCGGUCUUGUUUUUGGUCUUGCAAAAAUGCAAGAACGAGACCAAGACUGCAAGACCAAGACUGAAUUUGGGCAACACUAUUUAUGAAUGUAGAGUUCUUUUAUUUUUAUAUACGAAAUAAUACUUAUUUUUCUUUGGUCUUGCUGUUUAAUGUAUGGUUUUCUGAUAAAAGGGAGUACGUCUCAUACGCACAAAUGGUUUAAUUUAAGACGAUAUGUUACCUGCCAGACUUAUACUGUAAGAUUGUCGUGGACAUUUAUCUUCGGUAUUUUGAUACAUAAUUUGAUGUAUGAAGGGAGGCACCUGUAAUGUUGGUGUAAUUGAUAAUUGUAGUUAUCGGAGAUGUGUUCAAAUAGGCAUUCUAUGACAUGCCUAGUUAAUAUUACGUCUUUAUUAUGUUUGUAUUUAUAUUAAUAUUUCCUGGGCAUUUGAUAGUAUAUAAAUAUGUUGCCGAAUACACAACAGCGUAUGUGAGUAAGUGUGUGAAUUGUUGAUCUCAUUUGUUUACGGAAAUACAAGUAGCUCAAUAUGUAAAUGUGUUUGUAAAAUAUACUUUUAUGCGAACUAUGUAAAUGUCUAUUUUAAGAGAUAUUAAUAUUAUUAUUGUAUAUAUUUUGUAAUGGAGAUUUUUACACAUAACCCGAUUUUAUUAAGUUCAAUGGUUGAAUGUCUCUAGUGUUUACUACAUUGAUUUCUCCUGCUCCAUUGUAAAUAUUAUUUUAAAAUGAGAUGUGAUAUGCAUUCUGACUUAUACAUGUGGUGUAUCAUAAAAUUUAUAUGAUUGCGUUGACAUUUGUAUAUACAUUUAAAUUGUAAAAAUUUACUUGAGUACGUUGUUCAAACAAUUGACGUUUCGGACAUAAAUAAAUAACUUUUACACAAA